CUAUGACUGUCCGGAAUGGAGGAAAUGUGCUGGUUCCCUGUUAUCCCUCUGGAGUAAUAUACGACCUGCUGGAGUGCCUGUAUCAGUAUAUUGACUCUGCUGGACUCUCCAACGUCCCUUUUUAUUUCAUCUCACCUGUUGCCAACAGCUCCCUUGAGUUCUCCCAGAUCUUUGCUGAGUGGUUGUGUCAUAACAAACAAACAAAGGUGUAUCUUCCAGAACCUCCUUUUCCCCAUGCUGAGCUCAUUCAGACAAACAAAUUGAAACAUUAUCCCAGCAUCCAUGGAGACUUCAGCAAUGACUUCAAGCAGCCGUGUGUUGUUUUCACUGGACAUCCUUCUCUUAGAUUUGGGGAUGUGGUUCAUUUCAUGGAGUUAUGGGGGAAAUCUAGCUUGAACACUGUUAUAUUCACAGAACCUGACUUCUCUUACUUGGAUGCCCUGGCUCCUUACCAACCUUUGGCGAUGAAAUGUGUUUACUGUCCUAUUGACACAAGACUGAAUUUCAUUCAGGUGUCUAAAUUACUCAAAGAAGUUCAGCCUCUCCACAUUGUUUGCCCUGAGCAGUAUACUCAACCACCACCCACCCAGUCUCAUCGAACGGAUCUGAUGAUAGACUGUCAGCCUCCACCAAUGUCCUACCGCAGAGCAGAGGUGCUGACCCUUCCAUACAAGCGGCGCUAUGAGAAGAUUGAAAUCAUGCCAGAACUUGCAGAUUCACUUGUGCCCUUGGAGAUUAAGCCCGGUAUUUCCUUAGCAACAGUUUCUGCCGUGUUGCAUACUAAAGACAACAAGCAUGUGCUGCAGCUCCCUCCAAAACCUCCACAACCUCCCGCCAGCAAGAAGAGGAAGCGAGUGAAUGAUGAUGUGCCAGAGUGUAAACCUUUGAAGCCAUUGCUGAGUGGCUCCAUUCCUGUGGACCAGUUUGUGCAGACACUCGAGAAGCAUGGUUUCAGUGACGUGAAGGUGGAGGACACAGCCAAGGGCCACAUCGUACUCCUCCAGGAAGCAGAAACCCUCAUUCAGAUUGAGGAGGACUCCACACACAUCAUCUGUGACAACGAUGAACCUUUGAGGGUGAAACUGCGUGACCUGGUUCUCAAAUUCCUGCAGAAAUUUUAGCUCAUGGACAUCAUGCUGCUCUGCAAGGGGAGACCCCAGGGCACCAGAGCUAAGACCUUUCCAGAGGGUGACCCGAGGGAGAGAAAGAAUUUACUGAUUCACAGAGACCAGAAGCCACCUUCCCCUUCAUGGAGAAGCAAGGAAGUAUUUUUAAUAUCUAUUUUUUUAAUUUUAUUUUUAACUGGUUUUGGAGUAUUUUGGAGGGGAUUCUUGUUCUGUAAAAUUUGGAGUUUGAAUCUUACAGGAGAUAUGAACUGCAGAGUAAAUAGAGUGUGUAUUUACAAGGU